CGCGCACUUGUCCGCUCCCGUUCGUUGUUUUCCGCGGCGAUCACAGCCUACGUUUUAUCCUUUCGCUUCUCGAUCGGCAAAUAAUCGAUCUCAUCAGCUGAUCAACCAACGUCGUCGCUGUUCUCAUCGUCGUCGAGAUCCUCGUGCAGUGAAAAUAUCCUCGGUUUGAUCGCGUCCUCGUCGCGCGUUUUCACUUCGAAGAGCUCCAGUUCGGCCGCAACCAGAUUGACAAGAUGCCACUGUCAGAGUUCCGUAAGAAGAAGUUACUCUACGUUUUCAACACUUUCUUCGAUUUCAAUCAAAGUGGAGCAAUUGAUAAGAAGGAUUUGGACCUUGCUAUACAACGAAUCAAUGAAAACAGAGGCUGGGCUGCUGAUAAUCCCAAAGCUCAAAGUAUAAGAGAUACUUUGCUCAAAAUGUGGGAUAAUUUGAGGCAAGGAGCUGAUACAGAUCAAGACGGUCAGGUUAGUCGAGAUGAAUGGUUUUCACUGUGGGAAGAAUACGCGAAAAAUCCAUCGAGCCCAUCCGAAUGGCAACAGGCGUACAUGUCUGUGACGUUCCAGUUGUUCGAUGCGUCUGGUGACAAAUCGAUCGACGAGAACGAAUUCUGCAACGUGUGCAGAUACCACGGUGUACCAGAAGCUGAGGCCAGGGAAGCUUUCAAAAAAUUAGGAGUCGGUCAGGAAAUAACCUGGGAUAAAUUCACCAACCUCUGGAAGCAAUAUUUCUCCUCGGACGAGCCGACCGCAGCCGGAAACUUUAUUUUCGGAAAAACUUCCUUCUAACUUGCUUUGUUCCGCAGGAAACCGAGAAAAACCGUGCAUAUAUAUUACACACUUCCUUGCGUCGCAUUCUGCUGUCCGUUUUGCUUGAUUUCUCGCGGUCAAUUUACCCCGUUCUUCCCAAAGGAUAACGAAUCGAGCCAGGCUUUCUACUCUUAUGUUCGACAACGAAUAAAGGCGAUUAUUUAAUUUUCCCAAAACGAACAAAAACAAACAUUCACAUGAAGGAUCUCGAAACGAACGAUUUGCACAGAGCAACUUCUUUCCGUUCCUCUUUCUCCCCAAAUUUUCCUUUUCGGCGAUUGUAAAUAAUCGUCCGCGCCGUGAGCAGGAGGAACUCACGGAUCAAGACAAUGCGUUCGACAAAUACAAAAACUACCAUCCCCUCGCGCAACAGCGAGAAUCCUUCCGCCGUUAUCGUGAAAAAUUCGUAACGGUGAUAAAGUAUAAUCUCACUGUAUGUUUGUAUCUGUAGCGUAUUUUAAAUGUAAGGAAACGAACUAUAAUACAAUAAUUGUGACCUGUGCAAGUCUCCUUCACGUCCAAUGGCAAGAUCGUUGUGCUUUCAAAGCGGCGGCGCGUAUCGAGCGAUCCCGAUCGUAUCGAUCGUUCGAUUUUCUGGCAGAGCAGAGAGAGAAAAAAAAAGAAAACAAAUAUUUCCCUCCAUUGUUGAACAGACGAUAUUUUCAGAGUUUAAAGCGAAACUUGUUCUGGAUAAAGAUACCCGUAUAUACAAUAUGUAUGUACAGGACGGGCCGCGACGGCUGGUACAAUCGGGCAAAGGGUGAUUCUACGUGUAAAAAUAAAAGGCAGAUAUAGAAUAAAAAUUUUUUUCAUAAAAAGCACAGCUCUUGGAGAAAACGAACG